UCUUUCCAAGAUUUGGUUUUGGUAACAAGACUUUCCUCUUUCUCAUCAAAUCCCUGAUCUUGAUCGCAAUCCCCGCCAUAUAAACCCUAGGAAUUCCUCGAAACAAGAACCCAGGUGUGAACAAGAGAGCUUCUUCUUCACACCCAUUUCCCAGGAACCAUUGGCGCGGCCGGAAAAAUCCAAACUUUUUUCACGGCGGGUGGUGGGUUUCUUCCGCCGUCGAGAUCGGUCCCCGUCUCGCCCCCCCACCGAACCCUAACCCUAGAUUCUCCCCCCCACGGAGAUCGGUUCGUCUGGGUGAUUGUGAUUUUUUUCUGGGUGGGGGCAAUCAUCCGUCAAUGUCACAGUUGAAGACGAUCUCACUCUCCCACUUGGACAAUGUGCCAUCCUCGCCGGGUAAGUUCAAGUCCGACAAACCGUUGACCUACAUCCACCGUCUGAGGUUCCACUCCUCGGUCUCCAAACUCACUCUCUGGUUAGCCCUCUUCUUGGCCCUCCUCGUGUUCUUCUUCUUCCUCUCCCCUCCCUCCCCGUCCCCGCCGCCGAGGCGGUCUCUCGGCUCGUGGGGCGGGUCGCGUUGGGAGAAGCGGAUCCGGACGUCGGCCCGGGUCAGAUCGCGGUCCAGUUCCACAGUCUUGGUCACUGGGGCCGCCGGGUUCGUCGGCACCCACGUCUCGCUCGCCCUCAAGCGCCGCGGGGACGGCGUCAUCGGGCUCGAUAAUUUCAAUGAGUACUAUGACACCAAGCUCAAAAGGGCCAGGCAAGAGAUGCUGGAUCAAGCGGGGGUCUUUGUCGUUGAAGGAGAUAUUAAUGAUAGGGAGCUUCUGAAUAAGCUAUUCGAUGUGGUGCCGUUCACCCAUGUAAUGCAUCUCGCAGCGCAGGCCGGGGUGCGCUAUGCGAUGCAGAACCCCGCAUCUUAUGUGCAUAGCAACAUCGCCGGGUUUGUGAACCUUCUGGAGGUGUGCAAAUCUGCGAAUCCACAGCCAGCAAUCGUGUGGGCUUCUUCGAGUUCGGUCUACGGGCUCAAUUCCAAGGUGCCCUUUUCGGAGAAGGACCGGACUGAUCAGCCUGCGAGUCUGUAUGCUGCCUCGAAGAAGGCCGGUGAGGAAAUCGCGCACACUUAUAAUCAUAUCUAUGGGUUAUCCAUCACUGGAUUGCGGUUUUUCACUGUGUAUGGACCGUGGGGUAGGCCAGACAUGGCAUACUUCUUUUUCACCGAGGAUAUCUUGAAGGGGAAGGAGAUUACAAUAUAUGAAGGGUCUGAUCAUAUUUCUGUUGCUAGAGAUUUUACCUACAUUGAUGAUAUUGUGAAGGGUUGUGUGUCUGCCCUGGAUUCUGCCAAGAAAAGUACUGGGAGCGGUGGUAAGAAGAAGGGGUCUGCGCAGUUCCGCAUUUUCAAUUUAGGGAAUACAUCUCCGGUGCCCGUGACUAAGCUCGUGAACAUAUUGGAAAAGCUUUUGAAGGUUAAGGCUAAGAAGAAGUUUUUGCCUUUGCCGAGGAACGGCGAUGUGAAAUUUACACACGCGAACAUAAGUUUGGCUCAGCGCGAUCUUGGAUAUAAGCCUACCACUGACUUGGAGACAGGGUUGAAGAAGUUUGUGAAGUGGUACAUCCGUUACUACAAAGGGUCGAAAAGGAGUUCCUGGUGAACUAUAUAUGCCAUUGCUAGUUUGCAAAGAUGAUAAUUGAUCUCGACAUUGACUUUGCGACCCUGUGAUCCUUAAAUUUGAUUCUAUCUACGCUCAUUCGAUUGUUUUCAUCAUAGAAAAGGAACUGAGUCCUGUACUGUCCAGAAUUCAGCAGGAUGGAGCAUUCUUUUGCAGGGCAUCCUGAACUGUAUGUGCUGGUAACUGGGAGCAUUGCAUCAAUUUUUCCCAAAUAUAGGCUCCUUUCCGCAUGCUACGAUUAUUUUAGAUCUGAAAUAUUGUACAGUCCAUGACUGUAGAGAUUACAAUCAUAUGUUGAUCACUCGACUUUUUCUUUUCAGAUGGACGGGAAUAAGAUUUCAAUUUGCUGCUAUGAUUUUUUUGAUUGUCUUAAA